UUUACCGCUACCCUGGUUUGUCUGUUCGAAGACAUCGAGAUUCCAUGUUUCUCCAAACACUUUGGUAAUAACCUAGAUUUAUUGGUCAACUCCACAAGUCCUUUACUGGUGACUCUGGGAAUCAGGAACCCUGUACACAAGCAGAAGCUUUCUCUCAAAGCAAUGGACACAGUUCUCUUUGGAGCUCCAAAAAGACUGCACAACUAUGCCAAAGAUGUCAUGCUGUUCAUGGCAGUACUACUUGCCAUUGGAAUCAGCUGGUUCGCUUGCCUCCACCACCGCUACUCUCAGACACAAGUCAAGAAGAUGAUGAAGGACCUGGAGGCCUUGCAGAAGGCUGAGGAUGCUCUGAAGAAACUCAGCAAUGAGUUGGAGAUCCAACAACAGCUGGAGAACCAGUGGUCUGUGCCUUGUGAGCUACAGACCUGGCUGCAGCUGACCCAUGAGCUGGAGCAGGUCCACUUCAAUGCCAAGCGACAGGCGGCUGAGAGGCAGUUGUUGGCUGCAAAAGAUGGGUGUGAGAAGAUAAAAAAACGGAAACAGGCUUUCUUUGGUCCUCUACGAAUGGCACACAGCAAUUCCCUGGAUGACAUUGAUCAGAGUAUUUUAGACGCAAGAGCUGCCUUAGAGGAAGUCAAACAAGACUUGCAGGAGAGGCUGCACAGGUGGCAUACAAUAGAAAUUUUGUGUGGUUUUCCCAUUCUCAACAACCCUGGGCUGUCAGCAUUGAAGCAGGUCUUGGGGCGAGAUGCUGGCAACGGUGCCCGUCUGCAAAAUUCUUUGAUGGCAGGCAUGACAUUUGAGGAGGCUGAUGAAGAUAUGGCUCCUACAGAUGAAAGUAUACAAUGUAAGAGUAUAUAUAAUCAGAUCCCUGAAAAACAGCGACAGCAGAUUUAUGCAUGGGCCCAUCGAAGCAGGCGUAACUACUGGCUGAAGCAGAAGUCAAUGACUAAUGGGUUUACCACAUCCACCACAUUGCCAGCAAAUAAAACUUCAUCAUUCCUGAAGCAGCAGACGUUAGCGGGAGCUACGGGAUCCCUGACUUCUGCCAAUAAAACUGCUUCUGGCACCACAACUGCUGUCAGUGUGAAGAAUGGACACCGUGAUGUCGAGCCACAGGGCACAUCAACUGUAGGUCCUGGGAGUUCUGUAGUCUUUCAGUUGGGAGACAGUUCCAAACAUCAGCGCUCGCAUUCAAGUGCAUCACUGUCCCUGGUCAACCCAGGUAUUACAAACAACAGCCACCUUGGACACGUUCAAGGACCCACCCAGGUACACCAUGGUGCUGCCCCCACACAAGCCACACCUUCAGGACUCCGCAUCAGCAACUCCUCGGGAAACCUAAUGAAUGGUCACGCAAUUAACAGAACCGGUAGCCUUACUCUGAAACUGUUCUCAUCUGCUUCAGGGAACCAUCUGUCAGCUAGAGCAGCCCUACCACUAUCUACUGCUGCAGCUGCUUCUGCUGAUUCCCCAGAAGAAAAGAUACAGCAGAAUGGUGCUGGGCAAGCUGAUAGUAACAGCAGCUCACCAGUCGACUCUGAGAAUGCUUCCGCCAGCAGGCAAUCUCCAGUAUCACUGUCUGAUUCUAAUAGUCUGGCCAGCAACAUGCUUGUGAAGACAGGCCAACUGGAAGAUGCAGAUACUGCCAGUUUGGGUUCUAUUCCAAACAGCCAGUCCAGUUCUGUUCUGUCUAAAAGCAGACAUGAGCCUAGUCCUGAACUGGAUCGCAGUAGCCAGGAAACAGAUUCUCUCCAUGAAUCCAAGGAGGGGGAGGCAGUGAUUGUAUCUCCAAGGAAGAAUGGAAAGAAGAAGACAUUGCUGCCAAAGUUUUUGCAGAAGAAUAAAAGCAAGCAGAAAACUGCAUAG